AAUGAACCAUGGCAAAACAGUUGAUUGAUAGACCUUAACACGCGAAGUUCCAUCCAAAAUAUGCAAUGUAUCGAAAGUACAAAGACAUUUGCCACAACAACCAUAACAACUUCGUUAACAGCUGUUCUAUUAUCGUCUAUAUCUCCGGAUUCCUCGUUAUCUAAGGAAUCUGAUGAGAAUGUCGAAUGUGUUUGGAGGAGAGGAGAACUGUCUGCUGUUGAUUUUGUGAUAUAUGCAUUUGUGGUGCCUUCGCUGGCCUUUUUUGGGCUCUGUGCGAAUUUUAUCAAUGCAAUGGUCUUUAUGAGACCCAAAAUGACACCCUCCGCCUUUUCGUAUUUGGCUGCUUUGUCAUGGUUAGAUUGCGUCUCAUGUAUGCUUAUCACAUUGACAGCAUUUUCGCGGAGCUUCUUCUACUCCAGCAAUUUCUGGAUGGCCUACGAUUUUCAAUGGCAAACUCCACUUUUUGGUAUAAGCACCGGGGCUGCCAAUUUAAUAUUGGCCUGUGUUAGUCUGGAUCGUUUCAUUUACUUGCGACGCAUGGGGAAUGGUACACCAGCAUUUUGCAGGCGCAUUGUAGCCCGACACAUGAUAGUUGCCGCAAUACUUAUAGCAAUUGCGAUUAAUAUGCCAUAUUUCUUUGUAUUUGUGGUCAAUGAUGAUGGGUCCUUUGAGACAACGCCGUUCUAUUUUUCCAAAUAUUACAUGGUGCACAACUGGCUGACAUUUGUUCUUCUGACCCUACUACCAGCGAUUUUCCUUAUGGUCGGCAAUACAGCAAUACUAAUAGCCUUUUGCAGGUGGACCAAAAAAAGUAAGAAAUGCAAAAAUUCAAACUACUCGAAGACAACAAAGAACCGCUACAAACAUCAAAUGAAGUUGACCAUAACGAUUCUGAUAGUUAUAACGUUAUAUCUGGUUGGUGAACUGCCAGCGCAUUUAACAUCAAGAAAAUGUGCUGUUAAUCUGCUCUAUGGCGGUGAUGUAACCAAGGUUGACUUUAAAACCAUGCAACAGCUAGAAGUUAUUUGUAUUACUCUGAAUGCCAUACAACUUUCCAUGAACAUCAUUGUUUAUGCCGUUAUAAACCCUUCGUUUAUGCCAGAAUUUUUCGAUUGCCUUAAGGGAGUCUCGGAUGUAUGUUUCAAAUAUAUGGGCAUUACCUACCUAGCCAAUUACUGUGGAACACUAAGAUUCUUCCAGACCAAAGGAAAGGAACAGUGUGAGAAACCCAUACCGUGCAACAAUGAACUUUGUGCCAAUGCAAUUGAGGUAGAUUGGCAAGAUGAGGAGAUAAUGGGAAGUGAGAAUAACAGAAAUCAAUGUGACAUUGAAAUCUCAACAAUAACGCCCGCACAAAUGAGAGUAGCCUUUGAUAACCCCACGUUUGUUAUAGACUCAAAAUAAUUAGUAAUACAUAAUUCUUAAAAAAAAUAAAAAAUAAUGUAUUAAUUAAUGUAUAAAUUGUUGGUGUAACAGUGCGUCAUAAACUGUGGCGGCAGCCCUUGCCGAUGAGGAACUCCAUCGGGCCAAUCCGGUACGUACAACCGGCUGCCAUGGGAUUGUCUCGUGGUUGUGAAAAAGGACGAGUAACAAGUAAAAGCGUGCUAAGUUCGGCAGGGCUGAAUCUUAUAUACCCUCCACCAUAGAUCGCAUUUGUUGAGUUCUUGAGGAUAAAAUAAAACAAGUUAUAGUCCGAUUCGGACCAUAAAUGAA